AUGACCAUUUCUGCAUGGAUCUUGCAUGCAUGUGAUUCUCUUCCUAAAGACAAAUGGGAUUUGUUUUAUAUGUUGUUAUGGGCCCUAUGGCAUGAACGAAAUGGUGUUGUAUGGAAGGGCAAUUCUUUUUGUCCUCUUAAUGCUGCAGGCUGGGCUAGCAAACUUCUUGAUGAUUAUCACAAGGCGCACCCAGUGUCUAGAAAGAAUAAGUCCAGGACGCAAGUGAAAUGGGAGCUGCCCCCGAGGGGUAGACUUAAACUGAACACGGACGGGGCUUUUCAUGGAGCAACUGGUUAUGGUGGGAUCGGGGCCGUUAUUAGAAAUGAAGAUGGUGAGUGUUUAGCUGCAAUUGCACGGCCUUUUUCCCGGGUUAGAUCAGCUUUCCAAAUGGAGGUGGAGGCUAUGAGAGCUGGUCUUCUUUUACUUAUUCACCAAGGCAUGGAUAGUGUUGAUAUUGAGACCGACUGUGCUGCGGUGAUUACGGCUCUUCAUAGAAAUACGGAAGAUCUCUCUGAGGUAGGUUGUAUAGUGGAGGAUUGUAAGGCCUAUUUGAGCUCACUUUCCUCCUUUACUCUACGAUCUAUUUAUCGUGAAGCAAAUGGUGUGGCCCAUAGAUUGGCGCAUCUUGCUAGUGUUGAGUGGUUAGAUGAUUAUUGGUUAGAGGAGACUCCUGUGAUGAUCCGGGAUGUACUCUACGAGGAUUCAUGUAUUAGUACUCGAGGUUCAGGUUAUAUGUCCCCCUCGCAGUAUAAUUGUAAUACCUGA